AUAUCAGUACUGUUAGGUGAGUCAGGUACAACCCAAGUUUCUCUAUUACACCUGGAUAACUGAUUUACAACCUACUUUUAUAUCCUUUGGUUGAUGUUUAGCUGAACUUGCCUUGCCUUAAGUCUUAUACAGCCGAGUAUAAGAAGCUUAGAGCAGCAGAAGCCAAGUCCACACCAAGUUUGAAAAACAUCUUUGAACUAUUUUUUCAGCCUUAGAAGAUCUGCCUAUUGAACAACGCUGACUUCCUCUAGCGACAAAGAGAAAUCAGAGAAGCAUUGUCUUAUAAUCUGACUUCUCCCUGAAGAGAACUCUGGACUGUCAUAUAUAGCUCAAGAAAGGCAAGGAACAAGAAGUUACUGGGAGAAAAAAGUAUUUCCAGAAAGUCAAGGACAAAAUGGAUGUAACACAAGGGAUGAUGGACACUCCAAAUGUAACGAAACCUCCCUUCAACCCAAUCUGUAGAUCCAGACAAGCACCAUACGCACAUGAAAUUAUUGAACAGCUGGAUAUCACCGGAAUGCUGCUGUUUGCCAUAUUAACAUUUAUGACACUCGUUGCUGUGCUUGUAUUCUUAGAAGAAGCAUUCUACAUAUACAGGAAACUAUCUGGUACCAAAAGGACAUUAAUUAUCUGGGUCAACUCUGCAGCACCGGUAAUUGCAGUAACCUGCUGUGUUGGAAUGUGGAUUCCAAGGAGCACAAUGUUUACAGAUUUCACUGCCUCUCUAUUUCUGGCCGUACUCAUACAUAAAUUUCAGAUGCUGUUGGUGAGUGAAUGUGGCGGAAAAAGAGGAUUCCUUAGUAGGUUUAGUGAAUCAAAGCUUCAGCUCAACACAGGUCCCUUGUGCUGCUGCUGUGUGUGCUUUCCAAAGAAAAAUAUUCACAGCCGAACUUUAUUUAUCCUGAAGUUGGGGACCUUUCAGUUUCUUUUGUUGAGGCCAGUACUUAUGUUUUUGGCAGUUGUCCUUUGGACUAACGGAACAUUUGCCAUUGGUGAUUCACGCGCUCAAUCAGCCACAAUCUAUAUUAAUGUACUUGUAGGUGUGAUCACCAUUACUGCGCUCUGGGCUGUGGGGGUCAUGUUUAACCUUGUCAGACCUUCCUUAGUGGAAGUACAGAUCAUUUCAAAAUUUGCGUGUUAUCAGUUUAUUGUUAUUCUGAGCCAACUUCAGACAUCAAUCAUCAAUAUUCUUGGCACCACGGGUGUUAUUUCCUGUGUCCCUCCACUUCCUGGCCCGUCCAGAGCUUCAUACAUGAAUCAACAACUUCUAAUCAUGGAAAUGUUCCUGACCACAGUGAUCACCCGAAUGCUCUACCGGAGGAGAUAUGAGGAGAAACCUGCACUUAGUGAAGAUGAGGAAACCAAGGAUAAUCUGCAAAAUAGUACACUUUGUCUAAAUGGGAAGGUAAUUGAUGAAGGACCUCAGAAGGUUUAAUCUAUGCCCCAAAACAAUGACUGGAUCGCCAACAGAAUUUUAUCAUCUUCUUGUCCAGAUGAUUCAUUAUGUCGAACUUUUAUUGGACUAAUGGAAAUAUCUUUAUAUCAGUUUAUAUUCUUGUAUAUAAUAUUAAGGUUUGCUUAUAUUAUGGAUUGCAUGCUAUCACUGUUAAAAAUGCUAAAUUUUGCUUCACAAUGUUAUUUUGGUUCUGCCCUAGUGGCUAUAUUUAGACUAAGAUUAAAGGGGUAUUCCAAGAUUAAACUUUUUUUUAUGUGGUGCUGGGGGAAGGUGCUUCUAAACAAAAAUCAGUACUAACUAUCCCUGGUUCCUUGCAACUCCUGGUCUGGCGAUUUACAGUCUCCUGUUGCUGCCCACUUGUACCUGCAUAUCCGAUGAAGCAAUGUAGCAAAACCUGCCUACUCAACCAAAUACUAAGCAAGAUGGUAUAGUGAUUGGCUGAGAGGGCGGGAAGUACAUUACCUAGUUGAUAAUAUCCUAGCCCAUUUCACUCCUAUCUACAGUGGUGCCUCAAGUUACAAUAUUUAUUGGUUCCAGGACGACCAUUGUAUGUUGAAACCAUUGUAUGUCGAGACCACAACUCUAUGGAAGCCUGGUAAUUGGUUCUGAAGCCCCAAAAUGUCACCCAAAAAAUUGGAAAAUGCUAGGAAUAAGUGAAAAAUAAGUAGAUAACUAAUACAGAUAAAACAAAUCCUUACAUAGGAAAGUAAGAAAAAGCUGCUGCGAACUGUGAAUCACUGUCUAUGUCCGUGUUUCCCAACCAGGGUGCCUCCAGCUGUUGCAAAACUACAACUCCCAGCAUGCCCAGGCAGCCGUUGGCAGCUGGAGGCACCCUGGUUGGGAAACAAUGGUUUAAGUAGAGGACAGGAGCUUCUUCAGGGUCCUAUACAAUACACACAGUGUCCCAAAUGGAGCCACCCUUACUUGGUGUCCAAAAGAGUGGCUAACCUUGGCACAGGCAAAGAGUAGUACAGAACUUGUAGUUCCUCCCUAUACUGUAGGGGGCGCUACCAGACAGCCAGUCAGUGCUUGCACCUCAGUAAUACAGGUGAUUUACCAGUGAAUGCCCAUUCUGAUUGGUCGGUUCUUCCAGCCAAUGACACAUUUCACAGAUCUGGACUGUCUGUACAUUGUAUGUUGAGUCUGGUUUCAAGUUACAAUGGUCCAGAAAAAAACAUUGUAUGUUGAAACUAUUGUAUGUUGAGGCCAUUGUAAGUUGAGGGAUCACUGUAUCUGAUAGAUAUCUGAUAUAGCCUAUGAGGGCAUAUUUACAUGAUGGAAUUUGGUGCCAAUUUUGGUGCAGAAUUUGUGCACAUGCCAUGCUGAGUUCUAUGUGAAUUCUGCUCCCAAACAACAUCUACACCAUAGAUUAUAAGGUGCACAUUUUUCCAAAGCAGAUUUACAAGUCAGUGUGCAGAAAAAAAACCUGACAAAAUCCCUGACAUCAACACAUAAAUAGGUUUAGGGCACUAUCUCCAUAAUAGACCAUAGGCCAUUUAACCAUAAACACCGAA